AUGUGCUUUUUUUCUUCUUCUCACAUUCCUUUCUCUUACAACCUCGUUUUCAUAAAUCUUACGCCAUUUUUAUUAAUUCAUCAUUUCCUUUAUUUUUUUUUUCAUUCUUUCUCGUCGUCUUUCUCUUCAUUUCUCCUCAUUUUUUUUCGUUCCUUUUUUUUUACUUUCUUUCUUUCUUUGUUUGUUUCUUUCUUUUUCAUAAGUGUAUAUGCUUGUUUUUUCUUUCUUUCUUUCUUAUUUUCUUUGCUUCUUUCUUUCUUUUUCAUAAGUGUAUAUACUUGUUUUUUUUCUUUCUUUCUUAUUUUCUUUCUUUUUCAUAAAAUUACUCCUUACUUUUUUCGAUUUACACCUUCUUUAAUACCCUUACCUUGUUUUCAAUCGUAUACAUUUUUUUCUUGGUUAAGGGCUGCGUUCUACGCAUCCUUCCUUCCUUCCUUCCUUCCUUCCUUCCUUCCUAACGUUGUCUCCCUCGCUUUAUUUUACUUUCUUUUUUUUAGGAUUCUUCUUUUUUUCCAUCUUGUCUCCUUUCUGGGUAAUCAUUUUCUUUGUGGAUUUUGUCUUCUUUUCUUUCUCUUUCUUCCUCUUUUUCUUAUUCUUUUCAUUCUUUCUUUAUUAUCUCCCUUUCUUGUUUUAUUUUGUUCUAUUUGUAUUUUUUCUGCCUCUUUUUUUCCUUUCUUCUUUUUACUUAUUCAUUCUGUAUUCUCUUUCAUUUUCUCUUUCUUUUCCCUCUCUUUACGCCAUUUUACUUCCUAUUCUUCCAUCAUUUUCGCUGUCAUCAUUAUUUUUAUUUUCCUUACUUUUUCUUCUUUCCUUCUUUCUUUCCUCCCUUUCUUUACUUUCCAUUGUUUACGUCUCUUUUCUUUCUUUUCUUCUUUUUCUUUCUUUCUUCCUUUCUUUCUUUUAAUCUCUCUACCACCAUCCUUUUUGUUGCUAUCAUUCUUUUUACUUUCGCUUAAUCUUUCUUUCUUUCUUUCUUUCUUUCUUUCUUUCUUUCUUUCUUUCUUUCUUUCUUCUCACAUAUCUUCUCUCAGCAAUCACUUUUUCCAACAUCCUUUAUUUCUCUCUCUUUCUCUCUUCCUUUCCUUUUAUUUUAUCGUAUUUCCUUUUCUUUCUUUCUUUCUUUCUUUCUUUCUUUCUUUCUUUCUUUCUAGCUCCAUCUUCCGUACCUUAAACCCUUCCACUCUAUGCUUCAUCCCUGUCUUCCUUUCUCUGAUCGCUUUUUCUCCUCCGCUAAAUUCCUCCAUUCUCCUCUUCUCUCAUUCUUUUAGCCCUAUCCCCUUUCCCGCUCGUUCCUGUCUCCCUCCAUUUUACGACUUUCCCAAUCCCUUCACAUCAGCUGUCGAGAUCUAUCUAUAUCUAUCCCUUUAUGAGAUCGCACGCGAUGGCUGCCUGCAAAUAUUUGUAACAGUUUUUAAUACCAAUCUAUUUCAAUUUUUUAAUAUCUAUCUAUCUAUCUAUCUAUCUAUCUAUCUAUCUAUCUACAUCUGCUCAUAUCUAUCGCUGUUUUUUACUAUCUAUCUAGUUCUGUUUAUAUCUAUCUCUUUUAUAUCUAUCUUAGUUUUUCAUAUCUAUCUAUCUAUCUAUCUGUUGUGGUAG